GUCGCCGGAGUGCACGCGCGGGCAGGAUUGCCGCUGGGGCAACUGGACCGACUGGUCUGCCUGCUCCUGCUCCUGCGGCGGGGGCCACAAGCGCCGGUCGCGCCGCGUGGAGGUGCACCCGGCCCACGGUGGCGCGGCCUGCUCCCCGGAGGACAAGGAGGAGGUGGCCCCGUGCAGCACCGAGCCGUGUGGCGACGGCUGCGUGGACGGCGAGUGGGGCGAGUGGAUGGAGAGUGGACCGACUGCUCGGCCUCGUGCACGGGAGGCUUCCGCUCGCGGCAGCGGGAGGUCAAGGUCCAGCCCUCUGAGUGCGGCAAGCCGGUCACUGGCCUCCGCGAGGAUCGGGGAGUUCGCCCUGUGCGAGAGCCUGCCCCCGUGUGCCAACGAGACCGACUGCCAGCUCUCCGCGUGGAGCUCGUGGUCCGAGUGCAGCCGCGCCUGCGCCGGGGCCCGCGAGCGCGCGCGGCGCAUCGUCGCCUUCGCGGCGGGCGGGGGCGCCAAGUGCGAGGGCGCGCUCCACGUGAUCGAGCCGUGCAACCGGAAGGGCGAGCAGUCUCCCCCGAGGACAACCUGCCAGUGGAUUGCGUCGUGGGCGAUUGGGGGAAGUGGUCCAAGUGCUCUGUGUCGUGUGGCGGGGGCCAGAGAACCAGGAAGCGGCACGUGGCCACGCCGGCCGCGCGUGGCGGCGCCCCCUGCGAGGGCAACUUCUUCGUCGUGGAGCCCUGCAACGACCACUCCUGCAGCGGCGACUGCCACGACUGCCGGUGGUCGGACUGGUCGGAGUGGGGGAACUGCACGGUGUCGGGCCAGAAGUUCCGCACCCGCGGGGUGGACAAGCUGCCGAACCACUGCGGCAAGCCCUGCGAGGAUCGAGGGCUGUGCCAAGGAGGUGGCCAGCUGCACCGGCGGGGCGGACGGCGAGCUUUUCUGCGCGUGGUCCGGGUGGUCCGAGACGACCCUCUGCGCCGGCAGCUGCGGCCACGCCUCUGCCACGCGCAUGCGCUCGCUGACGGUGUCAAAGAAGCCGCCGAAGGGCGGCCUCGUCAUGGCGGCGCCGGAGGGCGGCGCCUGCUCCGGGAUGCAGAUGAACGUCAGCGCGUGCCCGUUCACCAAGAGUUGCACCGAGGAGAGUGCUCCCCGCGGGACUGCCGCUUCGCCGAUUGGAGCGACUGGCACCAGCCGUCGUGCUCGGGGCUGUGCGAGCGCCACCGCGUCAGCCCCGACGCUCUCCGCGCGCCCGUGCGGGGGCGGGUGGACGGCGCGGCCACACAUUUCACGGCGUGA